AUGGUAACUUUAUUAAAAGUAGAUAAAGAAUCAUUAGAAUACUUAAAAUGGAUAUCAAAAGCAUAAUUAGUAUUAUAAAUCAUUAAUAACAUAGGAUCAUCCUAAUCUCUAUUUUAUACUUGAAAUAUAUCAAGAUUAAAAUUCAUAUCAAGUCAUUUAUGAAUUUUUUGAUGGAAAAUCAUUGUUAGAAUUAGUAUCUGAAGACAAUCGACUUCCUUUAGUUUAAAUCAAUUUGAUUAUGAGAUAGAUAAUCUCUAUUAUAUCUUACUUACAUUCUCUAAAUCUGAUUCAUGGAAAAAUUUGA